GUGUUCCCAGGGGGGCGUUACCCGACGGGCCAGUGGGGUGGGGUCUAGCCGAGUUGUGGGCGGUGCUCUGUACAGAGUAGGCGUGGAUUUUAGAGUGAGCUUGUGGAGGCGUCUGCAUUUGCGAGGCAGCCGAGCUGAGGACUGUGUGUGAGACCAGGGGCUGAGAUGUGCGGCAGUCAUACAGAUCUGAUGUCUUUAUAACGGGAAGCCCCAGAUGGGACACCACAGCACUAUGGCGGAUUAUGGGUCAUAUUGGUUACCAUUACUACUUUGUGUGUUUCUGCUCCCACUGGUUACAGUGGCAACUUCAGAAGAGACAAGUGACCACACCUCAAACAACAACACACAACCUCUGCUUGACUCACUGCCGGUGGUAACAUUAAGGGUAGAUCAUAUUAUUGUGAAGGAGGGAAAUGGUGCAUUAAUCAGAUGCAACAUAGAAGGAUAUCCAGACCCUCAUUUUCAAUGGUACAACUCCAAUGGGCAUUUACUAAAGGAAGAAAAUGAUGGAAAGCUGUGGAUUCUUGAAAAUGGACUUUUAAAUAUCACAAGUGUAUCGUUCAAUGACAGAGGAAAAUACACAUGCGCUGCUACAAAUUCCCAUGGAAGUGUCAAUAAUACAGUUACUCUGAGAGUGAUAUUCACCUCUGAUAAUAUGGGCAUAUAUUACGUGAUCGUCUGCCUUGUCGCCUUUACCGUUGUGAUGGUCCUGAACAUCACCAGGCUCUGUAUGAUGAGCAGCCAUCUCAAGAAAACUGAGAAGGCUAUAAAUGAAUUCUUCCGGACAGAAGGAGCUGAGAAAUUGCAAAAGGCAUUCGAGAUUGCAAAGAGGAUUCCUAUUAUUACAUCUGCCAAAACACUUGAACUUGCCAAAGUCACACAGUUUAAGACCAUGGAGUUUGCCCGGUACAUUGAGGAACUUGCCAGAAGUGUUCCCCUACCACCUCUUAUCAUAAAUUGCAGAACUAUUAUGGAAGAGAUCAUGGAGGUUGUGGGUUUGGAAGAACCCGGACAUACAUUUGUAAGGCAGGGGGCAGUUGGCCAAGACGUUGGUGAGGAAGACGACGUCUUUACCAUCCCUAAUUCUUUGCAAAGGAGUGAGUCCCCAACAGCAGAUUCAGACGCAUCAUCUCUUCAUGAGCCUUCUUGCCAAAUUGCCAUAACAGUCUCUGUACACCCGCUGGCCAAGAAACAGUGUUUAGACACCCAGUCUCAGGACAGUGCACAGACCAACUUGAAAGAAGAAGAAGAAGGUGUGUCGAAAACAUUUGCACAGACUAGUGAAACAGAUCCGCCUCCAUCAGAUGCCACUAACACGUGCAUCGUUUAUGAAAGCCAUGUUUAAGCUUACUCAGUAAUCUAUGCAUAUCACUGAAGACACUCCAAGCACCUUAGUGAGAGGAUAAUUGAAAUCUUCCAUUUAGCCUUUCUAGAAGAAUGUACCAUCUCUUAACAGCUCAGUAGCCAUGCUAAACCUCAAGGGUAAUAAUAUAAUCAAAGUAACUCAGCAUAAUAGUUCUCACCUUUACUCCUUCUGCAAAGUAUCAGAAGUGGACUGCAAAGAGUAACUAGCAUGCUUACAUUCAUGCAGAACUCCUCAAGCUGUGGCCAUUCAAACAGAAAAAUAAUAAUAGGCUCAUACAAGUCUAUGAUUAAAGGAGAAGGAAAGUCAUUUGCCACUGGGUGCCAAAUGUGGGGCAUCCCCAAGUAAUUGUAUUUACUUACCUGACACCCCAGGCUGGUGCUCCUAUCAGCAGAAAACUCCACCGGCUUGGGAUUCUUCCAGUAAGCAUAACAGAGCAAUCCUCUUCCGGCUUCUUCUUUCUUCAAAUUUCCCGGGACAGACGCAUGUGCAGUAGAACAAAAUAGUCGGCUUUUCCGUUAAAGUUCAGCUUUCCGUUCU